AUGCCAGGAGUUUCCGGUCUCUUCACGGAAGAGCAGGCCGCUGGAUGGAAGCGAGUCGUUGAUACCGUCCACGCCCAGGGCGGCUACAUCUAUUGCCAGCUGUGGCACGCCGGCCGUGCUACUGUCCCCCAGAUGACCGGCUUACCCCCAGUUUCAGCCUCCGCCAGCGUUUGGGACGACCCCGAAGAGCGCUACACCCACCCCGCCGUGGGAGCGUCGGAGCCGGUUCGCUAUUCAGACCACCCUCCGAUUGAAUUGACGGUCGCGCACAUCAAGCAAACCAUCCAGGACUAUUGUAAAGCCGCCAAGACUGCCAUGGACAUUGGCUUUGAUGGCGUUGAACUACACUCCGGUAAUGGUUAUCUCCCGGAGCAGUUCUUGAGCUCAAACAUCAACCGACGGACAGACGAGUAUGGCGGAACUCCAGAGAAGCGCUGCCGCUUCGUACUGGAGUUGAUGAACGAACUGGCUCAGACGGUUGGCCAGGAGAAUCUGGCGAUUCGACUCACGCCGUUUGGACUGUACAACCAGGCGCGUGGUGAACAGCGUGUGGAAACCUGGACUUAUCUGUGCGAGUCGUUGAAACAGGCGCACCCCGGUCUAUCAUACGUCAGCUUUGUGGAGCCGCGCUACGAGCAAAUUCACAGUUACGAAGAAAAGGAUGCCUUCCUCCGCAGCUGGGGCCUUCCGAGUGUCGACCUCUCCUCCUUUCGCAAGAUCUUCGGCUCGACCCCCUUCUUUUCGGCUGGCGGCUGGGACCAGACCAAUUCUUGGGGCGUCCUGGAGGCCGGGAAGUACGAUGGUCUCCUCUAUGGACGGUACUUCACGAGCAACCCGGACUUGGUGGAGAGAUUGCGCAGGGGCAUUCCCUUUGCACCUUAUGAUCGCUCCCGGUUCUAUGGACCCUUUGAGGAUAACGCAUUCCACUAUGUGGACUACGAGCCUGCUCCGCAGAGCUCAGCCGGAGGGGAGUCCGCGAAGGUCCAGGUCCGACUAUGA